AUGGAACGCGAGUCGAACCCCAUGGAGGCGCUGUGCCGUUCCGGUUGCGGAUUCUACGGGAACCCGUCCACUGACGGUCUCUGUUCAGUCUGCUUUAAGGAGGCGCUAAAGAAGAAGCAGCAGCCGCCGGCGACGACGCCGUCCCCUGUCGCCGCGCCGUUCGUGCCCACGCCCACGCCCACACCAAUGCCCACGCCCACGCCGCUCGCGGCCGCUGCGCCCACCGUGCCCAGCCUGCCCGCCCAGCCGCAGACCCACACAGACAAGUUGGAGGAGGAGAGUGGGGCGGGCACGAGCGGCGCCAGCACCGGCGCCUCGGACACGGACGCCGACGACAAGGACCCCAGCAAGGACAAGAAGAAGAAGAACAGGUGCGCCGUCUGCCGCAAGAAGGUCGGCCUCACAGGUUUCGAGUGCCGCUGCGGGGGCCUGUUCUGCGCGGUGCACCGGUACAGCGACAAGCACGAGUGCUCCUUCGACUACCGGGAGCUCGGUGCGCAGGAGAUCCGCCGCAACAACCCCGUCGUCGUCUCGCAGAAGAUACACAAGAUU